GACUACAGCAUCACUAAACAUUAGCUGGUAGCUAGCAGAAGUCUGGCUAAAAGACACCUUUUUGGAAGAAGUUAAUCUAUGAGUCGCAAAAGAAAUCAUAGUUUCGUUGAAACGAGCUUGUCUGCUGAACUCCACAGCGCUUUCAUGGAGCCUCCCGGGUCAGCUAGUCGAGCCGACGGCGAUUUCCUGGAGCUGGAGCCCGACGAGGAGCUGCUGUGCUCGGUCAGUGAGAUCACGGAGCACCUCGGCAGGAACAUCACGGUGGUUGUGGACACUGCGCUGUCUGAGAUCCGCAAAAUGGUCAGCAUCAGAAUACGAGUCCUGAAGAUGGAGCUGCGAGAGAAAACCGAAGAAAUCGAGGCCUUAAAAGCAAGACUUGACACGGUCCAAAGGGAUGGUCGGGACACUUUCUCCAGCGCGGCGUCCAUCGAUCCGUCUGCGGAGGCUGGCCUGAAGAAAGCGGACUUCAGCUCCGGGAACAAACACAACAGCACCGACCCCCGGAGAGCCAAGGCGGUCAUGCCCGGGGUGAAGAAGGAGAACAUAGAUGCCAUUUGUGACUAUUUAAUGAAAGAUAAGAACUCUAGGGGGUGUGCCGACAUGGAUGGAGACCAGAACGGCCAAGCCUGCGGGGCCAGGGAGGCUCGGCCGGAGCAGGACGCCCACCCCCUCAACCUGUGGCCGGACAGCGGCAUGUCUGCGUCCGGGCCCGGGCAGGGAGAGCCCGAGUCCACCGCCGAUGACAUCUUCAACAUGUUACCGGCAGGAAGCAAACGGCUGUACGAUUACGAGUGGAUAUCACCGAUAGAGUAUUCCUCAGAACUGAAAGUCAUGAAGGAUUCUGACUGCGACAACCCAACGUCUGGAGAUACAGACGAUGACGAUGACGACGAGAUGUCGACGAGGGAUGAAGGCGGACUGGACCAAGGCCAGACCUCGCUUUCACAUGUCCAGCAGCCAGAGUUCCCUAUUGAGCCUCCGAGACCUCAGAGGGACGGCAGCAGUCCUCUAGAUGACAACACCGAUGGGCAGGAGGAGACGGGUCAGCCGUUUCCAGGCCACACCUACAUCUGCUCUCUGUGUGGAACCUUCUGCCCUGACUCUGUGUUCUUGGAGGAACAUAUAAAACUGAUACACGCUGACACCGCUCGUGGCCAGGCUCUGCAGGCGCUGCAGUCCACCUCAUCAGCUGCACCUGGCGCCAUGGUGGACGCCAGCACCGACUCCAGACGGGGCUCGGGGGGUCAGAACGAUGCUGGCGCUGGCCCAGGGGCUGCUGGGAGCUUAGGCCGAGGAGUGGGAGGGCUGAAAAAGGAGAUAAAGAUUGAGGGGGGUUACGAGUGCGGGGACUGCGGCCGUCAUUUUAAUUACCUGGGGAACCUGCGACAACACCAGCGUAUCCACACCGGGGAGAAACCGUUCAUGUGUCCAGAGUGCGGCGAGCGCUUCCGCCACGCGGCUCGGCUAAAAAGCCACAGGCUGGUCCACAGCGGGGCUCAGAGCCCCUUCCCUUGCCCCCAGUGUGGGAAAGGCUUCUCAGUGCUGUCUGGACUCAAGAGACACCAGCGGGUGCACACCGGCGAGAGCCCCUACGCCUGUCCACAGUGUGGCCGACGCUUUAAGGAGCUGGGGAACCUGUACACCCACCAGAGGAUCCACAGUGGGGCCACGCCCUACUGCUGCCAGCAGUGUGGACGCAGCUUCCGCCACCUGGGCACCUACAAGAGCCACCGCUGCACCCCGGCAGAGUAACCAACCACACAUAGGAGGUGUAUAUGAGAGCAGGACCAGGGCUGCCUCUUUGGUGUCAUCUUUCAUCCUGUGGACAUCUGCUGUCACUGUGGGCGCUGCUGCCAUGGAGGACAGGGGAGCCCACUCACACCACACAUGAACAAAGCUGCAUCACUGAGCUCAACAGGCAGAUGGAGCUAGAUGUUAAAGGUCACAUGUUAUGGUUUUUGGGGCCUAAUGCUGUGUUUCCACUAUGUGGUACCGGCUCAACUCGACUCUGCCUUUCUGCGUUUCCAUUACGACAAAGGACCUGGAAUCUGGUACCUGGUA